AUGAGCAUUGCUUCUCCUUGUUUCGGGUUCAACGAUGGGGGAGAUAAGCUUUGGUGGACAAAUGUGGUUGUUUCGACCCUCUUAGAUGUAAGAAUCGGGUUGUAGAUUUUUGCUGUUAUUAUCUGUUUCAGUGUUCUCCAAUGGCAUCUAGAGAUCGCGCCCGAAGCGCAGCAGAAAGUCUGUACGAAUUUUAUGCGACUUCAGAACCAUGGGAGCUCGUUGAAAGCAAUGUAAAAGCUUUCUUAGAUUUCCCUUUGUUUAUGCACAAACUUUAGGUAAAGCUAACUCUCCAAAAGCUGCGACUGAAGGGCAUUCACCUUGUUGUCACUUCGAACUUCGAUAGACGCUUGAAACCUCUUUUAUUGCAAUUUGAAUUGCACGAACUUUUUUCGAUGAUGGUUCUUUCCGGUGAAGUGGGCUUCGAGAAACCUGAUCCAAGAAUUUUCCAGUUGCUUGUUAAUCAUUUCGAUCUUUUACAUCCAUCUGAAAUACUUCAUAUAGGUGACAACUAUAAGAACGACUUCAUAGGAGCCAAGCAAUUUGGUUGUAAAGCUCUCUUAUUUGAUUCUAAAAAUCACUCCCCUGUUGAUUCAUUCGAUCGCAUUUCUUGUAUUUCUGCUCUUAAUUUGUAUUGAUUUCAAUAAAUUGCAGGUUAUGGAUCUUUUCCGGAAGCCAACAAAAAAACGGAAUUUUGCUGGUCGACGAGAUGGAGACUCUAGUGACGACGACACAGAAGUGAAGGACAUUGUCAGAAAACGAAGGCGCACAAAUCCGAUGGUCCAGUCGGUGAGAUAUUGGUACAUGAUGCUCCAUUCGAAAGGGAGCAACGUUUAUUUUGAAAAAAAAAAACAUCCCAAUUUUUAGACUAAGAAAAGCAACCAUCGACAACAGAAGUCAUCUGACGAUUCCGAUGACUCGGAUCAAGAUGUAGCUGUUGCUACUCACUCGUUCGCCGCCACAGGAGAUACUGGUCCAGCAGGUCCACGCGAUCAGGGAGCAACAGCCACUCUAGAAGUUGAUACCGAUUACAUUCGUGAUGCACAAGCACAAUUCGAGCGUGUCCAGCAACAACUCAAGGAAGGUGUGGAGAAAGACGGCAAAAUUCUUUACAAGGGAGUUGCUCUCUACGGUGCCAAAGAAGCGAAAGACACGGCAAAAGGAAAUGCUUCGAGUGGAUAUAAUCGAGUGGGCCCAGUGCGAGCACCCCAAUUUCUACGCCAAACAGUUAGAUGGGACUUCGCUCCUGAUAUCUGCAAGGAUUACAAAGAAACUGGAUUCUGUACAUUCGGAGGUGAGUGGAGUUUCGAUUUUUAUUUAUCUACAAGCCUGCCCCCCGCCUACGCCGAGUUUCGGGCUUGUCUUAAACUGCUCUGGUGGUCAAGUGGUAAAACCCGCGGUCGUAGGUUCGGAGUCUUUCUGCUGCUCGCAGCGGACAUACAAAAAGACAGACGCCUCUUUUGUUUUAUAUAUAAGAAAGAUACGUUUCCAUUGCAGAUUCUUGCAAAUUUGUUCACGAUCGAUCCGACUACAAACAUGGUUGGGAGAUUGACGAGGAGUAUGAAGCAGGAAAGUAUGGCGAGGAGGAUGAUACGAAUUACGAAAUUCGUGGGGACGACGACACUUUCCCGGAAGACUGCUUCAUAUGUGGACGGCCCUUCGUGGAUCCGAUUGUCACCAAAUGCAAACAUUACUUCUGCGGCAGUUGUGCUAUCAAAGCGUUUCAACGAUCUUCGAAAUGCCCAGUUUGUCAUCAAAACACCGAAAAGAUAAUGAACGCUGCGAGAGGUAGAGUUCCUAAGUUGUUUGUUAUCGCCUAAGCAAAACGUUUAUAGACUUGAUGACUUUCCUAAAGCGGAAAGAACAAAGCAGUGCACGACAAGAGAAGCAACAAAGUGAAGAUGAACCUGACGAAGGAGGAUGUGAAGGUCACAACCACGAAUAUCAUGAAGCACAUCAAGACGAACCAGCUGGUGAUACUGGGGAGGAAGAAGAUGUUGGUGAACAUCAGAGUGAUGUCGAAAAGGAGAUUAUUAUGGAGGACGUCGACGACGUGAAUGAAGGGGAAAACCAAUCCGAAAGCGAUGAAUCCGUGGACACGGAUGGUUGA